UUUAAUAGUACUAAGCUACUUUUUAAAAUAUCAUACAUAACAAAUUAAAGACUGAAGAAAGAUGGCUAGUGGUGUUGUCUUGGUAACUGGUGGGAGCGGAUGUUUAGGACAACAUAUUAUCAAACAUUUACACCUACUGGGAACGGAUGUCAAAGAAAUUCGUAUUUUAGAUGUUGUGAAAUACGAACAAAAAUUAGAUUUUGAAAUAAGUAAACCAAUGAAAACGUUUGUUGGAAGUAUCACUGACCAAUCAGUGGUCAAUGAAGCAUGUGAUGGCGUGGAUGUUGUUCUUCAUAUUGCAUCGCUGAUAGACUGGCGGUUAUUUCCUAAUCAUAAGACUUUACAUGAGGUUAAUGUCACAGGAACUGAAACUAUUCUGAAGGCAUGUAAGGACAAAAAUGUACCAUACCUAAUCUACUGCAGCUCUCUUAGCAUAUUCUAUGGUCCACGGGAAAUAAAGGCGGGAACUGAGACUUCAGUGCAACCACAGACUAACUUGUACUUCGGAGCAUAUGCUAAGACAAAGUCAAAAGCCCAGAAAAUGGUAUUAGGAGCAAAUGGGAGAAAACUAAACAACGGAAAGUCUUUAAGAACAUUAGCCAUUCUCCCACUUCCACUAUAUGGUGAACUGGACUACCACAAUAUUACACCAAGUGUUCAACCUUUCAAAGAUAAAACGUACACUCUGAUUGGACCAAUGACAGCACGUGUGCAUUACAGUUAUGCUGGUAACUGUGCUUAUAUGUUUAUUAAAGCAAUGGAAGCAAUUCAACGGAACCCAGAAGUAGGAGGCGAAUACUUUUUUGCAGCAGACGAUACACCACCAAACAUAUUUCCAGAAACCAUCAGACCUUUCUUUGACCAGUUUAAUGUAAAAACUUCAUCAUGGCAUGUACCAUACUGGUUUAUAAUGUCAUUUGUGUUUAUUGUUUAUUGUGUAUUUUAUGUCAUACGAUUUUUUACACCCGUAGAUUUAGUAAAUUUAGGAUUCACAACCGGAAGUAUUUCGUUUCUGAACACCACGUGUUACGUCACUUACGAUAAAGCCAACACGUUACUGGGAUACAAACCAUUAUACGACUAUAAAACUUCUAUUGAUAUGUCCAAAAAGUUUUACGCAAAAGUUGUAUGAUGAAUUUCAUUUCAGUGAGAU